CUUUCUUAGGAAGUAAUUUGGGUUUCUAGUAAUUGAGAAGAAGACCUCAAUAGUCAAAACCACUCUUUCUUAGACUCAACUUUCAUUUUGACAUCCCAUACCCUGCCAAGUUUCUAGGAUUUUGCUUCUUCAAAAACCCCAGUUCCAAAGAGUAACUGAUGAUGGACAAAACUAAGAAUUAUGAAAUGGGUAAAGCGAAAAAGGAAGAACAGACCAAGCAAAGGAAGUUUGAGGAUAUAUUAAACAAGCUAACUCCCCAGAAUUUUGAAGAGCUGUUUGAGCAAGUGAAAGAUGUUAAUAUUGAUAAUGCUGGCACACUUCGUGGUGUUGUUGCACAGAUCUAUGACAAAGCUCUUAUGGAGCCUACUUUCUGUGAGAUGUGUGCUAACUUUUGCUUUCAUCUUUCUGGAGAGUUGCCUGAUUUUAGUGAAGAUAAUGAGAAGAUAACUUUUAAGAGAUUACUUAUCAAUAAGUGCCAGGAGGAAUUUGAGAGAGGAGAAAGAGAGCAAGAGGAAGCCAACAAAGCUAAUGAGGAGGGUGAGGAAAGAGAAGAGAAGAGGAAUAAGGCAAGGAGACGGAUGUUGGGUAAUAUCCGGUUGAUUGGGGAGCUGUACAAGAAGAAAAUGUUAACUGAGAGAAUAAUGCAUGAGUGCAUUAAAAAACUGUUGGACAGCCAACAUCAGACUCCUGAUGAGGAAGAUGUUGAAGCUUUAUGUGAACUGAUGAGCACAAUUGGGGAGAUCAUUGACCAUCCAAAAGCCAAGAAGCAUAUGGAUGCGUAUUUUGAUUCGAUGGAAACUUUAUCAAAUCAUAUGACACUGUCAUCCAGGAUCAGGUUCAUGUUGAAGGACACUAUUGAUCUCAGAAAGAACAAAUGGCAACAAAGGAAGAGGGUUGAAGGGCCAAAGGAGAUUCAGGAAAUUCAUUAUCAACAGGCAAAAUCAACAGGUAUAAGAGGGUCAGCUGUGUUAUUCUCUCCCAGUUCUCAGCUGGGCAGUCAGAAUGUUCAUUUAGAUGCAGGACAGCCUUUUGAGGCCAUCGCCUUAUCAGUUCCCUUAACUCGAAGACCAGUUUGUGAUGACGCUAGUACUUCGGUGUCCCAAGGUGGUAUUUCUAGAGUAGUGUCCAAUAGAGGAUCACUUUCACUCCCAUUUUCUUCUUUGGCUGAUAGUCCAAGGAAGGAUGUCAUUCUAAGGAUGUGGCUUGAAGAACUGCAAGAGAAAUCAAAGGCAGCUAUUAAAGAAUUUUACAGUACUAGAGAUGUGGAGGAAGUUACUCAAUUCAUUAAAGAGUCAAACUUUCCGAGCUUCCACCCAACCUUGGUAUUGGAUCACAGACUCUUUUGAGAAAAUAGACAUGGAAAGAGAUCUUCUGGCAAAACUUCUUGUCACUCUUAUCAAGUCUCACGCCGAUACUUUGUGUCGGUCACAGUUCAUUAAAGGGCUUGAAUCUGUUUUGGGAACUUUGGAGAAUACCAUAAUUGAUGUCCCUAAAGCACCAGAGUACCUUGGUCAAUUGUUAGCCAAAAUGAUCAUGGCAAAUGUGACUUCAUUGGGAGAGAUUGGUCAGUUGAUACACAAUGGUGGAGAGGAGCCAGGCAAUCUUGUAAACACUGGGAUUGCAGCUGAUGUUCUUGGAAAUAUCUUGGAGAGUAUCAGAAAAAAUUAUUUCGAUUAGAUUAUCUCAAACUCUAAUCUACAUUUGGAGACAUUCCGACCGUUGAAUCCUUUGAAAUCAAGGAUAGCAAUGAUCAUUGUAAUAUGUUUGGGAGCUAUUAAUUAUUGUAAUGAUUGAAUUUAUAUCAGAUUUGGAAAUGAAAUUAAAAAAAAUGUAGAGUCCAAAUAAAUAAUGGACCAAAAUAGGAUAACUCAGAGUAUUUUGGUCAUAUUUGAAAAUAUUUUGAUCUUA